UGUCUGUCUAGCUUGCCGUAGUAGUCCUGCGUCACUCUCUAAAGCGUAGGUAAAAUGGCGUCUCCCGAUGUUCACGUCCGAAUAUGCGAACAAGAAAUAUUAAAAUAUGACCUGGAAGUCAAGGCUGUCAUCCAGGAUAUUAACGAGUGCAGAGGUCCUCAAAGCAAGCUGACCGAACUGAACGCAGACGUGAAAAAGAGUUUUCACAAUCUACGAUUGCGCAUUCAAGAUUUAGAGCAGAUGGCCAUGGAGCAGGACAAAGAGUCUGACAAGCUGGCCUUGAUCAGUCAGGUAGAAGGACACAGGAAACAAAUGCUGAGCAAUCAGACGACCUGGAGGAAGUCCAACCUGGCCAGCAAAUUGUCAAUCGACAAUAUGGAGAAGCAGGCGCUCCUUAAUGGAGCGGAUAGCGACGCGAGACAGAGGAAGACCACCAAAGAAGGCCUGGCCCAGACAUCCAGUGACAUUACAAAGAAUCUGAUGAGCAUCAGUCGGAUGAUGGCCCAGCAGGUUAAUCAGAGCGAGGAGACGAUGACAACGCUAGCAACUUCAUCCAGAACCAUCCAAGAGACCAACGAUGAAUUUAAAACUAUGACUGGGACCAUUCAGCUGGGCAGGAAACUCAUCACCAAGUAUAACCGCAGGGAGCUUACCGAUAAACUGCUCAUCUUCCUCGCGCUGGCCCUCUUCCUUGCCACAGUGCUCUACAUCCUGAAGAAAAGACUCUUUCCUUUCUUUUGAUGCCUGUACACCAUGAACGCAUUCCAAUACUUUCCCAAAGUGAGCACAAACGAAUUCAGACAUAAUGCAUCUUGUGCUACUUCCCUGGCUUCUUCUCACUGUCUCAACAAAAGCGAAAUGCUGCUCACCACUCAAAGUGGGGCUCAAUGAAAUACAGUAUAUGCGACACAAUGUUCUUUAUCAUGAGAAUGGCUCAUGUUGAAUUCCUAAUAUAAACUUCAUUGUGUUGUACUGAAAUUGGAAUUGUUCACAAUGUUGGUGGCUCGCAUUGCACCUGUUACUCUUGCGAGCUGAAAAAAAGUGCACGUAUCUUUGUAGCCAUGCCCACAUGCGAAUGGCCGAGACAGAACAGCACACAUCCCUGUCUUUCUUCAGAUAAGACCCGGAAAAGCAAACUGUGUCCUGCCUGUUUUUCCCCCCUCUCCAAUAUGGCUCAAACGUAAUGGUGGGGGAUAUUUUUGGUGUGUGUGGGUUGGCUAUCUGACGUUGCCUUUUCAGCACCUCGUAGGAGAGUGUGUCCAGAGGAGCGAGUUGCGUGACUUCGCUACAACUGUUGCCACCAUUUUAAAUAUUCUCCUAUUUAAUUAACAAUAACUGUUCAGUGUGGAUGGUUGAAAUGUGUCAUGGAGUUCAAUGUAGGAAGACAUGCAGAGAGGCACCUUAAUGUCAAUGGUGUGACGUGGAAGCGGUGCCAACAUGUUCCUAUAAAAGUUUUCUUCGGCAGAGCGUUCGGUUGUCUGGGUAAAAGUUAUACUGAAAGUGAAAUUCAGAACCAAUAAAAACGUGUCAAGGAGAAA